CCCCGCAGGUGGGGGCGCCGCGCGGGGCCCGGGGUGCCAUGGAGGAGCCGCCGCCGCCGCCGCCCGCCUGAUCCCCGAGGCCGCCGGCACCGAGACAAAGAGCGGGGCUGCGGCCGCGCCCGCCCGGCCGAGCCAUGGUGGAGCCGCCGGCCGAGCCUCCCCCGCAGCCCUGCCCGGCGCCCGGGGGGGCAGCGGGGGGAGAGCCGGCCCGUCCUGGAGAGCAGUCGCCGCUGCUGCACCUGGACCUGUACAACUUCGACUGCGCGGCGGCGGAGGGCAGCCGGUACGUGCUGACCAGCCCGCGGUCGCUGGAGGCCUGCGCCCGCUGCGCCGUGCGGCCCGUGGAGCUGCUGCCGCGGGCGCUCGGGGACCUGCUGAGAGAGGCGCCCGGGCGCUCCAUGCGGGUGGCCGCCGGCCUCUACGAGGCCUACGAGCGGGAGCGCCGCCGCAAGCUGCAGCAGUGCCGGGAGGAGCGGGAGAGGAUUAUCCGGGAGGAGAAGAGGCGGAUCCUCGCGCCCCUCGGCAGCCUGCCGCCUUCGCCCGCCGCCCGCGUCUCCUCCCGGGCUGCGGCCGCAGCUGCCGGCGGGCCCCGGACCCAUGGCGGGGGGAGGGCCAGGCCAUCGAGGGGUGCCAAGGGCAAGAGCCACUCCCUGGACUCGUUGCAGAAGCGCCGCGAGGGUAGCUGGGGCAAGACCUCCUCUGAGUCGGGUGCUUCGUCGUCCUACAGCGGGGAGAGCCUGCGGGAGCGCGGGGGCAAGGUGUGCGGCCGGGGUCGGGGGGUGGCCGCCAAUGGGACUCUGCUGGGGCGCAGUUUCAGCCUGGGCGACCUCAGCCACUCACCGCAGACUGCCCAGAAAGUCGAGAGGAUCGUCAGAGAGGUGAAGAGGAAGAAGGGUCUCUCAGAGGUGCCAGAGAGAGACAAGAAGAUCGCGGCACUGAUGAUCGCCAAGCACCAGGAGGCCAGCCUCCUGCGGGAGCAGCGGCAGGCAGCUCACCUGCAGUGGGACAGCCAGCGGCGCCUGGCCGAACAGCGAAAGGAGCGGGAGGAGAAGGAGAAGCAAAGGGCCCUCCUGCAGGGUCAGCGGAUGUGGGAGAGCCAGGUGGAGAAGCGUCGAGGGAGACUGAACCAGGAGCAGGAGGAAGCUGCCCUGAUGAGGCAGAAGCAACUCCUGGUGUGUGAGGAGAGGUGGCGGGAGCAAGCGGAGAAGCAGGAGCGGCUGCGGAGGGAGAGGCUGGAGCGGGCCAUCAAGGAGGACAAGCAGAAAAAGCUCCAUCAAGAGCUCAACCUGAAGGCAAAGGAAGAAGUCAAGAAGGAGCACCAGGAGCGAGAGGAGCAGCUCCUGCAAGAGAAGCUGUCCACAGCUGCACAGAAGAGGCUGAAAAAGGAGGUGCAGCUGCAGAAGGAAAAGAGACUGUUCAACCAAGCAGAGAAGCUGAAGCAUGAGGCCUUGCUCAAGGAAUUGGCCAAACAGGAGGCAGAAGAGAAGGAAAUGCUGAAGGCAUCCCUGAAGAUGAGUUUGACAAAGGCUCAGGAGAACUAUGAGCAGCUUGUGGAGAAAAGGAACCAGGAGCUGAGGGAGAAGGCUAGGCGUGAGGACAUGCAGAUCCAGAGAGCUAAACUGGCAGCAGAGAAGAAAGAAAAAGAGCAGAAGGAGCACUUGGAAGCACUGGCUAGAGAGACAGAGAGAAAGCUCCAGCAUGCUGCCCAGGUGGCUGAAGAGGCUGUCCAAGAAAAAGCCCGCAAAGUGGUCUUGAGCCGCCUGGAAAAGGAAAAAGUGCAGAAGAUGAACAAGCAAAAGGUGGAACAGUAUGAGGACUUACGGCGCAGGGAAAUUCUCCUCUCUAUAGAGAGGAAGCUGGAGAGAAGUGAGCAGAUCUUCAAGGAGAAGAAGACUGUCUUAGAAAAUGCCAGAUCUGUUGCUCGAGCAUCCUUCCAUGUCCGGGAAAGGGUGCGGGAGGAGACGAACAUGCGCACCUUUGACAAGAUGGCCUUUGAAGCAGAACUGCAUGCUCAGCUUAGUAAGAAAUGAAAGAUCUUUUCAUGGAGGAGUGAGGAUGCACCACUGGUUGUCCAUCGUAAUGUGACAGAAAGCUCCUCAGCGUGAGUGUUUAAAAAACAAAACCAACAUCCACCCUAAUUUCGUAUUUUGGGGGAGCAGGGUACCGCACAAAAAUGUGGCAGCUAUUUCACAUACUGUUUUAAAUACAUUUUUAGUUCUGGGUGUGUUUUAAAGACUGACCUCAGUCAUCUUUACAGAGAGGAUGCAGGUUUUUCUGUCCUCCACUCCACAAGCACAUGCAUUUUCGUCAGAGAGGGCUGCAAAAUCCGCUUGAAGCCUCAUAGUUACCAAUUUAUUAUUUACACCGGAGAUGACAACUAUCGAUGCACUCUCCAGCUGGAAAUGCAAACAGAGGUUGCUGACUACUAGAGUCUACUGAAUAAGAACCAAAACCAUCCUAGCUGGUUCUGCCUGGAGUGAUGGGCAGUUCGGUUUAAGUUACAAGACUGCAUUUUCAAAGCUGCUGCAGUCCCAUGCUGAAGGUGAGGAAGGCUGGAGAACAGAAUGCCAUAUACCCUGGGUACCCCUUGGCUGCUGCUAGUACCAAGCUAGGGAAAGCACAGAUCAAAGCCGUGUAAGUAGACAUCAUGAUCAGAGCUGGGCGGAAGCUAUCUGAAAGUGCUCACAAACACAAUUUCGUUUUUGCUGUUUGUAACUGUUACUCCUAUCAAGGUAUCCUCACCUCUCCAAGUUUCUCUUGCUAACAUCUGUAGAUGUUCUUUUGGAGGAGGGAGAAAAGGGGACAAAUUUAUGGACAGUCCACACACUGAUGAGCACUCACACAAGCCACUUGUUCAUUAAGAUAUAAAAAUGAAUGAACCUGUGGAAUCUGGACUUUGGGGGAAACACAGAGGUCACUUGUAAAUGGAAAUCACCACCCUCAGGAAUUCUCAAAACUCAAGAAGACCUUCAGUCACCUUAUCCAAUUUGCCCUAUCUUGAGCAGGAGGUUGGACCAGAUGUUCUCCAGGGUUCUAACCUUAUAGUUCUCAUGAGCUGCAUACAAUGAGACAUUCGCCCAGCUCUUAUCAUCGUCUAGUGAGCAGGGCAGCAUUUCUUUCUCACUGGUGCUAAGAGUUGUAUUCUUAUAUAGAGCACAAGAAAGAAUAGAUGCACAAAAUAAGGUAUGUUACAGAUUCUCUCAGACGAGGAUCAUGUCUUUUUUAUAAGAGUUAAUACUAUUUAGGGAGAACUGAGUCCUUCUGCAAUGAAAUACACCAGAAAUGUGAAAAGCCUACCUGUGCCCUGUGCACAGCAUUCAAGUACAACAGUACUCUGCUCCAGGUUUCCACAUUUACUCUUUGUUGAGUUGGAGUUGCAAGCACAAUCCAAAGCAGGCACUUUGGUUUUUUUUCUGGCUCUGCGUAGCAUCAGCUCUGUGUUCCACCAUCCGUGACGCCGUAUUGGGUUGCUCUGGUGAUAGCAGUCAGACCUGGAUCAUGGAGGAGAAGCAGCAAGAAAAGACAGGAUCUCAUUUCUUUGCGGGUUUCUUUCUCUGACGUACAACAUAGUAGAAGAGCCAACCAGGAGAGGGUUGACAUAUGGCACAGGCAUGCAGUCUAGCAUGCAUAGUUUGCUUACUAGAAUUUCCCAGGAGGUAACAGCAGGUCAGAGCCCUCCUAAAAGGCUUUAAAGAAGCUGUUAAAUUAGCAGUAACAAUAGACCAAAUACACCUUGGUGCCGUGGAAGGCUAGAGACAUUACACAAACAGUGUUGAAAAUUAAGAAAUAGGAUUUUUUUUUAAUUUUAUUUUUAUAGGACUUGAUCUUUGAAUCAAAGUACGAUUGGUGGUGUUGAGGACAGGCAGCAUGAAAGUAGGAAUUAGGGCACCUGAGCAAUGUUUGCUCUGUCAGUCAUUGGUUCACUGUGUAAUGCCAGGCAAGUCCUUAGAGGCUGGACCUGCUGCUAUUGAUAUAAACGGAAGCGGAGUUGAGCUCUUGGGACUCACAGGAAAUAGUAAGACUCUGAUUGGCAAAGCACUUCAAAGACUUUGGACAAAUGUUGCUUAUAAAGUACAAAGUAAUAUUUAUUUAUGUAUUUAUUUAUUUAUUUAUUUAUUUAUUUAUUUAUUUAUUUAUUUGAGUGAUUAUUAAAGUAAAACAUCCCUUGGUGAAAAACAUUAACACCCAAAUCUGGUAACUGUGGAAAGGAUAGCUGCAUUAGUGUUUCCAGCAGGGAGGCUGUUCCCUCACCCUCAUCCUCAAAGCAGCAACUAGAACAGUGAAACAAAUGCUGCUCUAACACUGGACAAGGUCCUUUAAAAAACACAGACUUCUCCACAUGUUGUCCAUGCCACAGUGAUUUAUGUGUGCCCUUGUAGCUCAUAAUUGCAUGCAAAGACCUAGGAAAGAGAUGGCCAGUGGCCCAAAUCCAGCCACUGCAAAAGUGCCCUUGCUUCCCGAUAGCACUAGAGUUGGGAUAAAACCUGCAGUGAGUCCAGUAUAGCCAAUGUUUCAUCUAGUUUGUAGCCUUUGGGGCUGCAGAGCAAGCCUGCCAGCAUGUAUAUGAGGGGUUUUGCUUCCUGUAUUGUUGCACUGGGGUUGAAAUUCGCUGCUUGGUUCAUUUAACAGAGGGAAAAUGGGGAGAGCUGGGAAACAGUGGAAAGAAGGCAAAUGGUGAUGGGUGAAUGAGCAGGCAGCCUCUAACUGGAGGAGCAUGUUUUCCCUAAAGCUCUACUGCGACCUACCUGAAAACUGUCCAAACCUCCCUCUGACAAGGGCAUUUCCAGACGGAGAACAUUCUGCAGCCCAGGAGACAUGUCUUGGCCACUGACUGUAAUUACAUCUGGGGUCCAUCUCUUGCUGCUGACUGAGUUUGACACCUUGGAGCUACAGCUGAACUAAUCAACACAGACCAACAUGAAGGUAAUUGGAUUGGCGAACGAGUGUUCCUAUACUGUGCAGUGUACAGAUCAAGUUUUGAAUGUGAAAUCUAAGAAAAAAUAUUUUUUUUUCAAAAGACA